GCAGUCAGUGUUCACCCCCGGACGUUUGCCAGACGGACACUAACACGGAUUUAGAACUAGCAGCCGCAGCAGCGAUCCCCGUCCACCGGUUUAAUCCCUUCAGAGCCGGCUUGUACUUCAGUAGCAUGAAAAAUAUGUUAACCAUCAUCUCUAACGCACUUCGUAGGAUCACUGGCAGGAAUGUGGGAGCCCAAACCGUGUCCGAGUUGCUGAUUGACCUGUCAGAGUACGUCAGUGUAACAUCGCCGGCGGCGCCCGCCUUGGCACAGGCCCAGCGCCAACCACCUAAACCUCCACCAGUCAGUACUAGAGCGCCUGCUGCACAGUUAGUUAGCGGCCAGGCCGACCCGCUAGACGCACCAGGUACCAGAGUCGUGGUUUCCCGCUCCUUCGCUGACUUCACAUCUCAGGCGACCUUUGACAUCAAGAAAUGCGACGUGCACCGUCUAGAGGAGGGUCCCCCGCUGAAGGCGGAGCUGACCCGGGAGCAGGGGCUGCAGUAUUACCGCGUCAUGCAGACCGUGAGGCGCAUGGAGCUGAAAGCUGAUCAGCUCUACAAACAGAAGAUCAUCAGAGGCUUCUGUCACCUGUAUGACGGACAGGAAGCGUGUGCCGUGGGCAUCGAGGCGGCCAUCAACCCCUCGGAUCACCUGAUCACCGCCUACCGCGCCCACGGGUACACGUACACCCGCGGCAUCGCCGUCAAAGAGAUCCUGGCCGAGCUCACAGGGCGUAGAGGGGGCGUGGCCAAAGGAAAGGGAGGCUCGAUGCACAUGUACGCUCCGCGUUUCUACGGCGGCAACGGCAUCGUGGGGGCACAGGUUCCUUUAGGAGCCGGCAUCGCCCUGGCCUGCCAGUACCAAGGCAACAACCAGGUGUGUGUUGCCCUCUACGGAGACGGGGCAGCCAAUCAGGGUCAGCUGUUUGAGUCGUUCAACAUGGCCGCCCUGUGGAAGCUGCCGUGCAUCUUCACCUGCGAGAACAACCAGUACGGCAUGGGGACGUCGGUGGAGAGGGCGUCUGCCAGCACCGACUACUACAAGAGAGGAGACUUCAUCCCAGGAAUCAGAGUGGACGGGAUGGACGUCCUGUGUGUCCGCGAGGCGUUCAAGUUCGCUGCUGAACACUGCAGAUCUGGAAAGGUGAGCUGAGCCGCGUGAAGAGACGUGCCGUCACCAGAUGAAAUCAGA